AUGGCAGAACUCCAAAACCCCCCAAUAGAGCUAUCAGACCCCCAACCCCCCAACACCACCACCGCCCGAAACGUCCGCUACUCCGACUCCCCCCAACGCUGGACCCGCAUCACCGAAACCUCCCUCCCGAGUCCCGCGCGAAGCAUCCAUCCCGAACACAGCGUCAACCGCAUGGACUCGAUCGACAGCCAAGUCGACUUUGGGCUCCGCAACACCGACUUCUUCGAAGACGAGAGUUCCGAUGACGAUGAAGGACCGGCGAAAGCCGCCGCGAUUGAGACGGAAGAACGACCCAUAUCUCCAGUGAAGAAGAGAUCCAAGGCGCCGGCUCCGUUGAUCAAGCCGUUCGUGUCGCAGUGCGAGCCGAAAGGAGGGACCGCCGGCGAGGACUGGCCGCUGCAGCCUGGCGAGGGGGGGUAUCAGCGACUGGACUCGAAUCUCGCCGCGUUGGCCCCUGUGAGGACCUCCACGCCCAGCACGACAUACACCGGUUCGAUUGAUGAGUUUGCGAAUGACUUGCCUGCCAACGACGUCGAUGCCGAUGCCAACACGCCGCGAAGACCAAAGUCCACCCGUAACUCCUCCGCCCGCACGCCUCGCAGCUCGGGAAAUUGGAAAAACAACGACCACCCCUCCGACCAGCAACAGCGUAGAUCCCAAGCCCACGACCCCCGCCUCUCCCUCGACGGAGGGCGCAGAUCCCAAACCUACGCCGACCCGCGGACAUCGACGUACUCGGAAAAAGUCGAACACCGGCUGGGAAUCCACGCCAUCGCGCAUGAAGUGUACCUCAACGGCCUCUUCCGGGACGAGGAAUUGCUGCAUCAACACAAAAUGCACGCUAUUUCCCCCGUGGUGCCGUCCGCCCGGUUUCGAGAGUCGAUGUUGCCUUCGUCGCUGAGACCUGGCCCGAGGAGGGGGAGUCCGCCGGCUGUACCGCGUCGACCGCCGCUUAGCACAUCGGACAGUGCACUGGGAGGAAAAGGAGGAUCGACGGCGGGAGGGAAGAAAGUCCAACUCGUUCCUCCGCCUAUUGAUCUGACGGGCACACAUCACUCGCUCCCGGAGAAUCUCGUGCGGACACCGUAUCCGUUUUCUGCAACGAGGCAUCAGAAAGACUUCUCCGCGACGUCGACUCCUCUCCUCGCGCCUGCAAAUUCAGAGUCGUUACUCACCGUCUCUGUCCGGAGGGCGAGGAAAUCCACCGCGACGCCGCGUAUCACGACCAUCACCAUCCCUGCUCCGUCAUCGUACUCUGUUCUGCCGCAUACGGACUCUUCUGCCCCACAGUCCUACGACGACACAUCGUUCUUCCUCGCGCUCCGACGGGCAUACAAGUCUCUCGUCCCUUUGCCUUUGCGUUUCCUCUCCGCCCGAUCCCUGAGAGGAAUCCAAGUCUCCACCCUCACGAAAUUCGACCACGACCGCGGCUGGCUUCCUGGUUCUCGCUCCCCUCGUCGGGUGGCGGGAAAGGGGUUGACCGACUCCUUCAGUCCGGAAUCGAUCCUAGCUGGCUUCAAGAGUCCGAAACGAGGUAAAGGACGAAUGGCGUUCGUCGGCUGGGCUCAGAGAUUAGCGGCUGUCGACCAGCCGCCUGCUGUAGGCGAGGACGAGAGGGAUGCAGGCGUUGAAUUGGCGAGGCGGAGGGACGAUGGCGAGGGGUUGGAGUUUGUGGUUGGGUGGAGUUGGAGGAGGAUUUUGAUGGCGGUUGGAGUUGUAGUGGGGUUGUCGAUUGCGGCGGUGCUGUUGUGGGUUUGCCUGGGGAUCGGGAGAGGGGGGCCGGCAGGGAGGGUGGGGACUGCGUCUGCGUUAGCGGUGGUGGUGUUUUUGAUUGGGAUGGGGUGCGUGGGGGCGUGGUUGGGGGUUAGCUGGCUUUUGAUGUAA